ACUAAAUAUAAAAGCGCAGAACAACUGGAUUAUUCAAGUAAAAAAGUCACAUUUUCGUGACGCUGAUGACUACAUACAAUACGCCACACGUCGCAUUCCAGAGCAACAAAGACGGCAGUGCUACACGUCUACGCUUCCGAGAAAGACAACACAGUAGUGUAUGAGAGAAAAUCAAACGGCCACCAAGCAGCGGCAGCACUGACGAAUCGAACGAGAACCAGCAUGAGUGGGAUCAGGGAGAGGGAUACUUAUACUAGUCACACGUAGCGUGGCUUCGGUGCAGCUGUAGCAACAUAGCAAAGGACAGAAAACAAGGAGAGGAAGAGGAGAACGAUAAAAGCCCUGCUGUGGCCGAAGUGAAUGGCGUCGCCGCCUUGCCAAUCGCCCGGUCAUCGAGACGAAAAUUCCAAGAGCAUAAAAGAUGACAGCGGACGGCGAGAAAGACAUGUCUCAUUGUUUACUUUGCAAUAGCAAAGUGGGAGUAUCAACAAGGAACAGUAUUGGCAUUUUUGGAGAAAAUGCCACAACAAACCUAGAUAAACCUAUCAUUAAUAUUCUCUGUUCUGCACUCAAAACCACUAUUAACAAAGAAAAUGCACAUUCGACUAUUGUUUGUAAAAAAUGUUAUAAGCUCAUUAAUGAGGCUGACGAAUUGGAAAGUAAACUAGCAGAAGUCAGACAAGAAAUUUGUAAUUUGUAUGAAAAAACUUCUGCUAACUUUGAUGAAGCAAAUUCAAAUGGAGAAGACUAUACUGACCACGAUUAUUUAGAUAAUGUAGAGAGUGUAGAAACAGUACCAAUACUCAAGUCAGUCAGCAAGGAAUCAAAAAGAAAAACUAAGAAAGUUACUAUUGCAGAUGUGCCAACUAAGAUAGAACCUACAGAAAUUAAUUCAGAAAAAAGUAUACAAAUAGAUGACACGAUUAUAGAGAAACUUGAAAUACCUAAAGAAGGUGAACAUGAAGAUUCUAUUAAUAAUGAUGAUAUCCAUAGUAAUAUGGACACAAACUCAUUUGAUGAUGAAUCACAAAUUGAAGAAGUAAUAAUAGAAAAACUGGAUUCUCCUAAGAAGCAAAAACCGAAAAAAGAUGAACUACCUGAAGAACUUACCACCAGGGUCGAGGAUAAUUAUUUAUGUAACUUGUGUGAAGGUGAUGGCAAUAAUGAAAGUAAAGAUGCUAAAGCAAUAAUUGCUCAUAUGAAAGAACAACACGAUCUUCGAUUGUACAUUUGUGAUAUUUGUGGUGAUCAAUUUAGAAAAAGAACAGAUCUGUCACAUCAUUUGGAUGAUCACGUAGCAAAGGAAGAAGGUGAUUUCCAGUGUGAAGUAUGCAAUAGGAUAUUUAAUAAUUUGCGACUCUUUCGUAUUCACAAACGAAUUCAUUAUCCUCAAGCAAAGUCUUGGUCAUGUGAAACUUGUGGCAAGCGAUAUAGUUCUAAGAAUUUACUUGAAGAGCAUACGAAUACACAUACUGGAAAUCGACCUUAUAUAUGCGAAGUAUGUGGUAAAGAUUUUGCUUCAAAAUACACUCAUAGAGCUCAUGUUAAAACGCAUGAAGUUAGACCAAGGCCCUUUGAGUGUACACAAUGUAGCAAAACUUUCCUUAGCCAGCAAAAUUUGACACAACAUGUGAAAACCCAUAACGGCGUGAAAGAACAUGUUUGUCAUCAAUGUGGAAAAGCAUUUGGUUCAGCUCACAAUCUUGAAGUUCAUAACAUUGUUCACACUGGAUACAAACCAUAUAUUUGUCGUGUUUGUGGUAAAGCUUUCGCGAGAAAGGCUGAAAUACGGGACCAUGAAAGAACACAUACAGGAGAGAAGCCUUAUCAAUGUGAAUUUUGUGGAGCUACAUUUAGUCAAAGAUCAAAUCUACAAUCGCACAAGCGCGCGACGCACUACAACGACAAGAGAUACAAAUGCGAUGAGUGUGGCAAAGGUUUCAAAAGAAGAAGAUUGUUGGAUUAUCAUAUUAAAGCAGCUCAUACUGGAGAGCGUCCUUAUAAAUGUGAAACAUGUACAGCAACGUUUGUUUAUCCAGAACAUUUCAAAAAACACAUGCGCAUUCACACAGGAGAAAAGCCUUAUUUAUGCGAGGUCUGUGGUAAAGCUUUUAACAGCAGAGAUAAUCGAAAUGCCCAUCGAUUUAUUCACAGUGAUAAAAAGCCUUAUGAAUGUUUGGUUUGUGGAAUGGGAUUCAUGCGAAAGCCUUUACUUUACACACAUAUGCAAACACAGGGUCAUUUGAAUGAUACGAUUGUUGUUAAUCAACCAAGACUGACUACUGAGGAUGAUGUAAUUAUUCAAGAUAAUAGAGUCCACUUAGUCAUGGAUGACGGUUCUACCCAGUUAAGUGAUAAUGCACAAUUGAUAGUUGCUGAACUCAAAGAUCACGUAAUAAUUCAAGGUGGCGAUCAGCAAAAUGUUCUAAGUCUUGCAAACAGUAAUAUGAGCACCGAAGAAAUAGAUCAAUUUGUUGUCGAUGGGCAGGUGGCGUUUGAAGAUGCAUCUCAAAUACAGUGCAAAGCAGAAGUAGCAGACAAUAUGGAAGAGGUCUAUGGUUACCAAGACGCAGAAGGUAACACAAUAGUUCUGCCACCAGGUGCCGAUAUAAAAGACAUAGUUGGCGAAGACGAAAGCAAGACAAUGCGAUUGGUACAGAUUCGCUUACCUAGCGGCACCGAUGGUAAAAAUUGGCUUAGCUUAGUACAAGAAGCGGAAGAAGAAGAAGAAGAACAAGAAUCUUGAUUGUAACAUACAAAUUUCGUGCUUUAUUUUUCUGUGGUAUUGCUUGUAUAAAUGUUACUUCAUCAUGGGAAACAUCUGUGUACAACGUAUAUUUUUUGAACCAUAAUUAUAAUAAGAUAUUUGGGGGGGGAGGGUCGCUUUUAAAAGAUAGGAAGCACAGAGAGUGCUUCGAUUUUAAUUUUAUAAGAAACAUUAAGUAUGUACUAAAAACUUUGAGAUCGUCAAAUACAUAAUUGAAUUUUCCAGAAA